AUGUCGGAAGAAACUAGUGUGCAACAUUCUGAUACAAUCAAAGAAGAAAACACAACAGAUAAUUUCAUUGACGACUACUCUCACUUGCGCCUUUCGUACUACCGAAAGCAAAAAGAAGAUUCGUUUGACUUGAAUGAGGUCACAGAUAUAUCAUUCGAACUAUCCAACGAAAUUAACGAUACCACAGUCAAAGACGAACAACAAAGCUUAAAGGAUUAUUAUAUUUCACAAAUCCCGGAUUUACCGCAUCCCUCGUUCACUGUUGCGUCUAUAAUCGCAUCUGCUUCUCAAAAGAUGGGGUCAGUGAACCUCAAAUAUAACGAUAGAAUUGAACAAGGAAAUGUCAGUAAAAACACUGAUAUGGAAUUUGUGCCCCAGCGUCGGUCUACAUUGAAACCAAAGAAGUUAGACGGUAAUUAA